AUCUGGUAUGUGGUCAGUGAUGCUGGAGGGAGGAGCCGAGUUUAGACACUCUAGACUCUUCCUGAGAAACCAGCAAACAAACCGACCAAACCAGACAGAAGAGACGACGGAGACACACACUUAUACACACUUUAGGAAGAUCUGACUGAACUCUGAUAGAUAAGAUAGUGGAGUGGACUCUCAGUUUAAUUCAGGAUGAAGAUCCUCCUCGUCUUCACCCUCUACCUGAUCUCAGGUCCAGUGGGCUGCUUUGAUGUGAUUGGCUACGCAGGAGGCAUGGUCACAAUCUUAUGUAAAAACCAACAGUAUGGAAUGUCUGAUAAAUAUUUUUGUAAUAAAAAAGCAGAGCAGUGUAUCCGAGUAAAUACACAGAACCCAUCGAUUCAUAAAGACAGAGUUUCUCUUCAUGAGUCUUCUGGAGUUCUGACAGUUUUCUACAGAGAUCUGAGUUUAGAAGAUUCUGGAUUAUAUGAGUGUGGAGAGAUUGGAAGGUGGAGUCACUUUAUGAACCUGAGAGUAAAAACAGAUCCGUGUCGUUUGGGACCAAAGACUGUGAUUGGUCAUCUGGGAGAGACCGUCACCAUCAACUGUUCCUAUCCCGAGGAGUUUCAGACUGACUACAAGUCUUUUGAUAAACUGGAUGAUAAGUAUUUACAUGAAUUGAUCAAGACCCCAGACUCUCAGAAAGGAAGAUUCUCCAUUUCUGAUAACAGAAGAUCUAGAGUUAUCAGUGUGAGAAUCAGUGAUGUGAGAGAAGAUGAUGAAGGAGUUUAUUACAAUGGAGUGGGGACUGGAGGAAAUUUAGUGAGUUACAUCUCUCACUUCUCAAAGAUUCAUCUACAGGUUUCUGCUCCAGGUUCCUCUGAUCCAGGUUUCCCCACCAUCAUCAUCAUCCCUGUGAGUAUCUGUGUGGUUCUGCUGCUGAUUGGAGGAUUAAUACUGAUCUUCUACAAGCGGAGAUACUCCAAGACUCGAGGCUCCUUCUCUUCAGCAAACCAGCCAAUGAUGAUGGGGAACACCAAUGAAAUUUCUCACUCUGCAUCUGACUAUGAGGAGAUAAGAUACACCGGAACAUCUCCACAAUCUGAAGCUACUCCACUUUACUAUACUGUACAGCAAACCCCCAUCCACACCGUCUACGCUCUGGCCCAACUACCCACCACUUCUGAUCCUCCAAGCACUGAGUUAUCUUUUGUUCCAUUACCAAGAACCUCCUCUGAUCCUCCGAACACUGAGUACUCUAUUGUUCCAUUACCAAGAACCUCAUCUGAUCCUCCAAACACUGAGUACUCUAUUGUUCCAUUACCAAGAACCUCCUAUGAUCCUCCAAACACUGUUUACACCCUUGCCCAAUUACCCACAAUCCCUGUUGAUCUUAACAGUCCAGGUUACAGCUGAUGUGUAACCUGCUAACCAGCUGAACUAGUUGUAAAUUCAAGAUGGCGUUGUUUUAUUCAACAUAAAAAUUGUUGUUUUGUCUCCUUUUUUUAAA